GAUAUAAAAUGGAAAUAAUUCUUGGUCUUGAAAUAAUUUUAAAAAAAUCGGCUCCAAUAUUUGAUAGGACACUCUAGUCCUGUUUUUUGAAUGCUACGUUACUCCUUCGCCUCUGAAACAAAUAGUCACUGAAUGAACCUAACACAAAACACACAAACACAACGUUAGUUCUUGUUUCUCAUCACCGUGCUAAUGUCCACCACAAACUUCAUCGUUUAUCUAAUAUCAGGUUUCUCUUUGGCUCUUCUCUCUGCGCUUUUCUUCACCAACCAUAUCCAUAAACAAUCUCUCUCCUUGUGGUCAUCAUCAUCCUCUAACCGUUAUGCCUCUGCAACAGAUAAAAUUUGGCCCGAAUUGAAGCCAAGUUGGAAACUUGUGUUGGCCACAGUAAUUAGUUUUCUAGGAUCAGCAUGUGGAACAGUUGGUGGUGUUGGUGGUGGAGGCAUUUUUGUUCCUAUGCUUAAUCUUAUUCUUGGGUUUGAUACAAAAUCUGCUGCUGCUCUUUCAAAAUGUAUGAUAAUGGGAGCAUCAGCAUCAUCUGUUUGGUAUAAUUUAAGAGUACCUCAUCCAACAAAAGAGGUGCCAAUAUUAGACUAUGAUUUGGCUCUUCUGUUUCAGCCGAUGCUUAUGCUUGGGAUUACUGUUGGUGUCACUCUCAGUGUUGUCUUCCCUUUUUGGCUUAUUACAGUACUCAUAAUCAUUCUCUUUAUAGGAACUUCAUUAAGGUCAUUCUUUAAGGGAAUUGAAAUGUGGAGGGUUGAGACUCUUCUCAAGAAAGAAAUGGCUAAGCAAGCUGCUUUGAUUAAUUCUAAUGGAGAAUAUAAGCCAGUUCUAAUAGACACAAAGUAUGAGCCAUUGAUCCCUAAAGAAGAGAAGUCAACAUUACAAAUUCUCUGUCUAAACCUUAGAUGGAAGAGGAUUCUGGUGUUGUUGGUUGUGUGGAUUUCUUUCCUCCUAAUUCAAAUCAUCAAGAAUGGUGUAGAGGUCUGCAGUGUCUGGUAUUGGGUGCUCUUUGGCUUGCAGUUUCCAAUUGCACUUUUGGUAUUUGGCUUUGAAGCAGUGAAGUUGUACAAGGAUCACAUAAAGAGGAUGAGCACAGGAAGCUUAGAAUACAUAUGUGAGGCUUCAAUAGAAUGGAGUGCUAUGUCCCUUGCAUUUUGUGGAAUGUGUGGUAUUGUUGGUGGAAUUGUUGGAGGCUUACUUGGUUCUGGAGGUGGGUUUAUUUUGGGGCCUCUUCUCCUUGAGAUAGGUGUCAUCCCUCAGGUUGCUAGUGCAACAGCAACAUUUGUGAUGAUGUUUUCAUCAUCUUUGUCUGUUUUUGAAUUCUACAUUCUCAAGAGGUUCCCUAUUCCUUAUGCAUUAUACCUCAUCACAGUGGCUAUUUUGGCUGGCUUCUGGGGACAGUUCUUUGUAAGAAAACUAGUUGCAUUUCUUGGGAGGGCAUCACUCAUUGUAUUCAUCCUCUCAGGUGUCAUUUUUGCUAGUGCUCUCACAAUGGGUAUUGUUGGCACUGAGAGGAGUAUUCAAAUGAUACACAACCAUGAGUUCAUUGGCUUUUUAGGAUUUUGUAGCACUUAGUGAUUUAGAGUACAUUAGAAAUAGCACACAAAAGAAAAAUGAAGGGUUCAUAGAUGGUGGUCAAUGUGUGUUGACCAUCAGGAAUAUUUAUAUAGUAUCAAGGCUAGUUUUUCUUGUUAUCUUUGAAAAUAAUUCGGUGUUUGAGAUUAGUUUGGUUGCGUAAUUAAUUUUAAAAAAAAAAAUAUGUGGAUG